GUAGAACCUCGUUGAUACGUUCUUGGUUGAUACGUUUUCCUGUCCGUUGCGUUCAAAAACGCCGGUCCCGUUUUACUUCCAUAGAGAUACAUGUAUUAGUUUCCUGCCUGUUACGUUUGCUUUCCCGGUUGUUACGUCCAAAAGUGCCGGAAUCGCGGCGCCUCGGCGCGCCGUGCGCCAAGGUGCCACGCCGGCUUCGAAGCGAAGCGAAGCAGAGCCGGACAGCCGAACCACGCAGCGCGCAUCGCGCGGCCGCGCGGCACGCGGGCGCCCUCCUUCCCUUUACUCCUUUCCCCCUCUUUCCCGGUCUCCUCACUGGGCUUUGCCGCUUUGCUGAGCUCUGCGAAAACGCUCGUUCUCUCUUGCUCUUUCUUUUCAUCUGUCCUCUCUCUCCGGCGCGAGUUGUUUACGCGCCGCACGCACGCCGCGACGGCUGCACUUCCAGUUUCUGUUCCGCUCGACAGCUCGACUGCGUGAACAGUGCCGUUUCUGAGUGCGUGCGCGUUGACGACGGCCAUGACAUCCCGAAAGAGAAAAGCACUCUCUUUUAAAGAGAAGUUUGACAUACUUCGCACGGUGGAUCGAAAUCCCAGCCGGAAGAGGUCUGAGGUCGCAAGAGAGCUGGGACUCGCGCCGUCAACUUUAAACAGUAUCGUCGCGAGACGAAAGGAGAUCGAGGCGAAGGCUCCUUUCUACCAACCAGGCUUUAAACAGGCUCGGGGUGCAAAACACGCAAAGUUAGAGGAGGCCCUGUUGGUAUGGUUCAAACAAGCCCGGGCAUCUUGUGUCAACAUCGACGGAGGCAUUCUGCGAGAGAAGGCGCAAGAGAUUGCUGAUCGUUUGGAUAUCGCGGACUUUACGUGUUCCAACGGGUGGGUCGACCGCUUCAGAAAGCGUCACGGUAUUUCGUACCGCGCGGUGAGCGGUGAAGCUGCCAGCGUUGAUCCAAUCUGCGUGGAAGCAUUUAAGUCAUCGCUGCCUUCGAUCAUCGCCGAGUACCACCCACGUGACGUUUUCAACGCCGACGAAGCUGGUCUUUUCUUCAAUGUGCAGCCGACGAAGUCAUUGAGCCUGAAAGGUGAAGCCUGCCACGGAGGAAAGAGUAGCAAGGAACGGCUUACUGUUCUACUGUGUUGCAAUGAGGACGGGUCAGAAAUGAUGAAACCGUGGGUGAUCGGGAAGUUCCGUAACCCGCGAUGUUUAAAGAACCUUCGUCGGAUGCCCUGCCACUACCGAAAUAACACUCGUGCAUGGAUGACAAGUGCUCUUUUCGAGGAGUUUCUGCGAUACCUUGACUCACGAAUGGGGUCGCAAAACAGAAAGGCACUCCUGUUCAUCGACAACUGUCCAGCCCACCCAAAGGAGUUGUCGUUUCUCAGGAACGUCCGGGUGGAGUAUCUUCCUCCGAAUGCCACGAGUCACCUCCAGCCGCUCGACGCGGGCAUAAUAAAAAAUGUCAAGCACUUCUACCGGAAGUGGAUUGUCCGGCGAUCGCUUGCCAUGGUGGAACGAGGUGACGCUCCGACCAAGCUCUCCAUCCUAGAUGCGAUGCACUUUCUCGCUACAGCGUGGGACACCGUCUCUGCUACCACUGUGCAGCACUGCUUCCGCAAGUGCGGGUUUCAACGCGCGGGGCAAGUACAAGCGUUAACAAAAAACAACGCUGACGAAGAUGCCGAUGAUUCUCAAGAAAUGGAAGAUGCUAUGGCAAAAAUGGGAGCUCCCAUUACCUACUGCGAAUAUGCGUCGCUUGACGACAACGUCGUUACCUCUGAACCGCAGAGCAUAGCGGACAUUGUGGCCGACCUCACUACUGCCGACAACGAAGAAAGUGAUGAAGAAGACGAGCAAAAAACGAACGGUGACGCUGCACCCACGUUUGCGGACGCGAUCGCUGCGUUGGACACCUUGCGCCGCUACGUAAACGUUCAUGACUGCGCGGAGAGUGAGAGGGGACUGCGGCUUCUGGAGAAACGACUUUUACUGCAUACCAUUAAUUCGAAGCGGCAGGUGGAUAUUACGCGCUUUUGUGAACGUGUUUGAGUCCAAAAGGGUUCGGUGAGUGCAUAAAAUAAACCGUUGCAUAAGAGCUGCUUUCUAUCUUAUAUAGAGUGCCUUUAAGUGCGUUAUCGGUUGCUGCGCUUUCCCGGUUGAUACGCUUUUUUUCCGCGGUCCCCUGAAAAACGUAUCAACGAGGUUCUAC